AUGGACUGCGAUUAUGCAGUUGGUGAACUGGUUAAUAGGGGCUCGCCAUCGUCAAACCUACCGGAGGGCAAUCGGCGACAGUCGGCGCAGGAUGACGGGCAUACAUACAUCUCCUCAUUCCUAUUCGACUUCCAAAUACCAAAAAGGAAACAUAGUCGACGAUAUAAGUUGCGUCCUCCGUACGCAGUCUUGGGAGAGGGGAUUUCAUCGGCCUUGACUAACUACCCGUUUGAAUUUUCUGCGCUGGAUAUGGAGCUAUUUCACAACUACCUGUCAUCCACGUCCCUGACCCUGGCUGAGGACGAAGCAGGUCGGCAACUCUUGCAGACAAGGCUUCCAGAGCUGGGUUACUCUUUCAAUUACGUGCUGCGUCUUCUAUUGGCCUUCAGUGGGUUUCACAUCGCACACUUACGGGAGCGCUGUCCUCAGCAGAUCUCUCGUGCCACUAAGCCCUACGUGGAACGAGCUGAGCAGCAUUUCGCUAUUUCCCUUCGUCAACUCAUACCAUCUGUGACCGAAUUGAAUCCUAACACCUACCAUGCACUGUAUGCGGCGUCGUCAUUCAUGUGCUUCUGCACGCUAGCUAGAGGCCCACAGCCCGGUGACUACCUGGCGUUCAGCAGUACUGGCCAAGCGCAGUGUUUGACGCUCCUGCACGGUGUUCGGUCGAUUCUCCAGAUGACAGAGCGGAUGUCAACGCACGCGGGAGCCGGUCCAAGACACCACCAUAGUGCAGAAUCUACAACAGCUCAUCAUGAAGCACAAGUAUCACCGUUUUCUGAAGAAAAUGUCGCUCCGCUGGGUCAGAUUCGCCAGUUAUUGCUUAAUGAGCUUGAACAAUCUGAUCCGAGGCAUUCGACAUAUUGUAAAGUCCAUGAAGACCUGGUCUCGGUUUUUCAUUCAUUAAGAAGCCCAAAACACCAUUUGCCAAGGGGAGCACGCUUCCCGUACAUUUUUGGCUGGCUUUUUCGGCUUCCAGGGCUUUUCGUCGCCGAUCUACAUGAGCAGCGGCCACUCUCGCUGGUAUUGUUCGCAUUUUUCGUCGUCUUACUGAAAGACAUAUCUUGCUAUUGGUUUAUGGAGGGAUGGCCGGAGCAUAUCAUGGCCGGAAUCUACCAUCAUCUUGAUGAAAAGCAUAGACCUUUGAUCCAGUGGCCAAGGGAGAAAAUCAGUUAG